UGGAUCGCCUUCCUUUCUCGGUCCUCCCGAGGACCGGAUGCUUCUCCUCUCCCUGGCGUGUGUGGAAGAGAUGGACGCUACGCUAGAGCCCAUCGCACGGGCGGUCCCAUUAAAAAUCAGAUGGGGGAGAGAAGCGAGCCCAAGUCAACCAAGGGGAGCGGGGAGCGGAAAGGGAGGAGCCGUCGGGGGCGGGACAGACACCCUGCCCACCGGAGGGGCGCGCCGCCGCCGCCCCCGCUCCACUCCGCCAGGGGGCGCUGUGUGGCUCCCGAGUAGGCUCAGAGCGACCGUGGCCGGGCGGAAGCGGCUUUCUGGCCUAAGCUUUAACAGGCUUCGCCUGUGCUUCCUGUUUCCUCUUUUACCAAGGACCCGCCAACAUGGGCCGCGUUCGCACCAAAACCGUGAAGAAGGCGGCCCGGGUCAUCAUAGAAAAGUACUACACGCGCCUGGGCAACGACUUCCACACGAACAAGCGCGUGUGCGAGGAGAUCGCCAUUAUCCCCAGCAAAAAGCUCCGCAACAAGAUAGCAGGGUGAGUCGGGCCUUCCUCGGCCUCCGGGGCUCCGCGGUCUGUUUGUGUGCUCUGCCGCCCUCCGACUCGGGAAGAGACGGUGCCUUGGUGGUUUCGUUAGCCUGAGACUCCCUGGUGUCCCGGAGAAGGGCUAGAGCUCUGCGCGUGCAGGAUUUCUGUUGUGAACUUAGGCCUGUGUCAUGACUGGCCGCGGUGACCCUGGGUCGAAGGUAGCCACCGUCAGACCUCUUGCUUUGAAGCUACGUUGCUUUUAGUUGUCAACUUUUUUCUUUCUUUUUUUUCUUUUUUUUGAGACGGAAUCUUGCCCUGGCGCCCAGGCUAGAGUGCAGUGGCGCCAUCUCGGCUCACCGCAACCUCCGUCUCCCGGGUUCAAGCGAUUGUCAUGCCUCAGCCUUCCCAGUAGCUGGGAUUAGAGGCACGUGCUACCACACCCGGCUAAUUUUUGUAUUUUUAGUAGACACAGGGUUUCACAAUGUUGGCCACGCUGGUCUCGAACACCUGACCUCAAGCGAUCCGCCCGCCUCGGCCUCCCAAAUUACUGGGAUUACAGGCGUGAGCCACCUCGCCCGGCUGGAUGUCAACUUCUAAUGCUUACUUCACAGUUGCAGUUACUGUUCGAGAGAUUUAUAGGCGUAUGGCCUGGAAGAAUAGUGCCAAAGUCAACGUAUUAAUUGCCAAAUUAUGUGAAUUUGAAAUUGGAAGAAAAUGAAGGCUGUGAAGGGUCGUGAAACUGCGGGGCGGGGCGGGGCGAGUGGGGGGUGGGGCGCUUGAUCAUCAUGAAGGAGAGUUUGAAUAGAGAGUGAGAAACCAAAGGGAAGGAAUGCUCAGGCCAGUGGAGGUUCUAUGUGUAGGAGGUCCCAGGAUAGUGAGUCCUCUUCCUUCUCACUGUGGAAAAGAACUAAAGCGGGUAUUUAUAUAUCCACAUGUGCUCAGUACCAGAUGGGAGUUGAUUCGUCUUCUCACUGUUCUCUUUGGCUGUGUGUGCUUUGUAGCUAUGUCACGCAUCUGAUGAAGCGAAUUCAGAGAGGCCCAGUAAGAGGUAUCUCCAUCAAGCUGCAGGAGGAGGAGAGAGAAAGGAGAGACAAUUAUGUUCCUGAGGUAAACUUUCUGGAUAUUUGGGCUUCUGGCUAAUCCUCAAAUGAUAAGGCUAUGGGUUCUUGGCUUCCAAAGGGACCUCAGCUGAAUCUGAGACCUUUUAUCCAUACAUUCCAUAACCAGCUGUGGGUGCCCAUAGGCCCCCUACCAGUUUCUUAGCCUCCAUUCUGCUCUUCUGGAACCAGUUAAGUCUAUUCCAUAUUUCAUGAGAGCCCUUAAUGUUGAUUUGAUGACUGCUGUCGUGGCUUGAUUGUUUGCCCCUAAUAUAGUAUUCUUUGGUGUAAACACAGACUUCAAGUGUUCUGAAUACUGAAUGAGGGCAUGGGAAGGUAAGACCAGAAGAACAGGUCAUCGGGGUCUGUAAUACUGUAAGAGACUGCUUGCCUUGUGAGAGGAAUGCUAUCCUUGUGCAGCUCCUCUUCCCCAUAUUUAAGAACCUGGGGAGAGGAGGAGGAGAGGUGAGUGAUAAUCUCAUUGAUUGGUAUUUUGACCCUACCUCGUUUCCUUGUAGGUCUCAGCCUUGGAUCAGGAGAUAAUUGAAGUAGAUCCUGACACUAAGGAAAUGCUGAAGCUUUUGGUAAGUGUUUGCUGGAUUCCUAAAGUGGUAUCUUCCUGGUCAAAAACCAUCAGUAGGUCUUAUUAUCCAAGGUCACCCAGCUAGUAAGUGGCAGAGUUGGGAAUCCCAUCUAAACUUCUAGCCACUAAACUGGACUGCUUUCAUAAGGGGUGUAGCGGAAGUUGUGUGCACUGAGUUUGUUCGCCACAAGAUCAUGAUUCCGAAAUCUAGUGGCUUCCAGGACACCUUUUCUCUCUUGGCUGCUUCUGUUCUUGGUUUUAUAGCUGGCUUACGUUGCCCCCUUUGUGUCAGCCCUGGCUGAAUCUGCCUGCUUUUCUUCUGUGAAGGCAUUCCUUUGGUGUCUCCAUGCUAACCACUCAGAAAUGAGCUUUGGUCCAUUUCCAGGUACAUACAAGGCACUACUUAGGUAGUUCACGAGUAUCUUCAUUGCACUUUGAUGUUUUUUCUGUGGCUUAUCUUAGUCCUUUUGCAUAGUUGGGUGAAAGCAUGGGCUUCAAAAUCCAUUGGGCGGUUGGUGAUUUUGCACAACUUCAUUUUUCCUAUUUUUAUGGUCAUUAAAUGUUUAAGACACUCAAAAAGGUAGUAGCAAAAUGAACUCACAUGUACUUUCCCAGCUUCAGAAAAACAUCACCAGUACAGCUACAGCCCCGCUGUGGGUCUUUUCUUCCUGAAAUAACCACUGCGCUGAAUGCAGCUUUUUUGUUGAAACUAAAAUGGGUUUCUGAGGACCAAAUAGGACAUGAAGUUCCAGGUAUAAGUUGGGCCCUUGGCUUCUUGCCCUGCCUACCAGCCUGAACUUGUUUGAGGGCAGGGUCUGCUCUUGCCUCCCUCCCUUCUGCUUGAUGCCUUGUGUACUUGGGCCCUUCGCAAAUGUUGAUUAGAUUAGUAAUAGCUCUUACCCAGGGCUGGUCCUGGAAAGCAAGUGGCACUGUGUAUUCUCAAAGGGACAGAGUUUUGCUUUAGAAGACAUUUGGCAAUGUCCAGACACAUUUUUCGUUCUCAUAGCCAGGGGAUACCUGCUAACUUCUAAUGGGUAGAGGCCAAGGAUGUUGCUAAACUUUCUGCAAUACACAGUACAGCUACCUAUAACAAAGAAUGUCCAGCCCAGGAUGUCUACAUUGCCAAGAUUGAGAAAUGGUGUUUUAGAGUGAUUGAUAGGAAGGGGUUGUGAAAACAGAUACAAAUGGCUUGGUACAUUGGGUAAAAGUCAUAGAGUUGUAAAUGGGGAUACCGCAUGGUCAGGUGUGUGUUGAAGGAAGAUCACUCUGGAAAAGUGGGAGGCAUUGAGAACCCUGUUGGCUCUUAAAGGGUCCUUCAGGUCGCCUCUGGACCCCCUUGAGAGUGCUGUGGCUCUAGGGGCCUGUGUUUUCUUCUGGGGUCCACCCACAUAUCUCACCAGUAACUGCUCACUGAAUCCAUUUUCUCGUUCCAGGACUUCGGCAGUCUGUCCAACCUUCAGGUCACUCAGCCUACAGUUGGGAUGAAUUUCAAAACGCCUCGGGGACCUGUUUGAAUUUUUUCUGUAGUGCUGUAUUAUUUUCAAUAAAUCUGGGACAACA